UAGAAGCGGCAGGGGGGGAGAGAAGCAAGCGUAGCCUUCCCAGUCAGGGUAGUAUUUAGGAGGCUUCAUGUGGUCGUUCUGUUAGGACCUUAGAAGUGAAUUUUUGCCCUCUACCCUCGGUGCGGCAACCGCUAAUGCUUCAAAGAGAGGUUUGGGAGUUGUCUCCGGGGCUUUCUUUUGAGGUCGCCUUUGGCGCCCAAUAGCCCCCUAUUGCUGAGUCCCCCAAACAUUGGGCACCCAGUGGGUGACAUCCACAGAACCUAAGGAACGGCUACUGCUUGGUUCCCUGAAGAAGGUAUCGGGGUCUCCCUUGGGGAUGUCCUUAGUGUGCCAGAGGGGGCUCUUCCCAGGCUUCCCAAGACGGUUGCAGGUAUCUCUCUCGGGGGUUUCUCUUACCCCACGGAGAGGUUUCCUUGGCGAUCCCAAUGGGAUGUUCCUAAGCCUCCCGAAGAAGAUCCCAUCUGAAGGGCUCUCCAGAAGCCUGGCCAAAGCAGCUGGGCCGAAAAGCAUCCGGGACCUCAAAGAAGCGGAUGAUGCAGCCCCCAUUUUCCAAUAUGUGGGGGGACAAGCCAAGAGGAAAAGGCGAGUGUUUGUGUGGGGUUUCUCCUUCUCAGGAGCUUUGGGCAUCCCUACUUUUGUCGUGCCCGAUGCAGGGUGGAAGAAGAGGAGGCGGAUCCAGCCCACUCCAUAUCGUCUGGAAAUGGAGGAGAAGAUCUACUCUGCUGCCUGUGGCUAUGGAUUCACACUGCUUUCCUCCAGCACCACAGACAUUACCAAGGUCUGGGGGACGGGACUCAACAAGGACUCUCAGAUUGGAUUUCAUCAGAGCAGGAAGGAUCGCUCACGUGGUUAUGAAUACGUCCUGGAGCCAAGCCCCGUUCCGUUGCCCCUGGACAAGCCCCAAGAGACCCGAGUUGUGCAGGUGUCAUGUGGCAGAGCACACUCCUUGGUGCUAACAAGUACCGAAGGAGUCUUCAGCAUGGGCAACAAUGCUUACGGACAGUGUGGCCGAAAGGUGGUCGAUGGGGAAAUUUACAGCGAAAGCCAGCAGAUUCAUCGACUGCGGGGAUUUGAGGAUCGAGUCGUUCAGGUUGCCUGCGGGCAGGACCACAGUCUCUUUCGGACCGAGAGGGGAGAUGUCUACUCCUGUGGCUGGGGAGCCGACGGCCAAACAGGUCUUGGCCAUUACGACAGCGUCAGCACUCCGACAAAACUGGGUGGUGAUAUUGCCGGGGUCCCCAUUGUCCAGGUCACUACUUAUGGAGACUGCUGCCUUGCUGUGUCGGCAGAUGGAGAGAUUUUCGGCUGGGGGAACUCGGAAUACCUGCAGCUGGCUUCCAUUACCGAUCUGACACAGGUCAACGUGCCGAGACACCUGCCCUUCAAUGUCGGGAAGGUGAAGGAGGCGGCCUGUGGGGGGUCCAUCAGCGCUGUCUUAAACGAGGAUGGUCACGUCUUUGUCUGGGGCUACGGAAUCCUCGGGAAAGGCCCCAAACUGAUGGAGGCGGCAAUCCCCGAAAUGAUCCCGCCCGCCCUCUUCGGCCUCUCAGACCUCACCCCGGACAUCCGUGUGGCUCGGAUCCGUUGCGGACUCAACCAGUUUGCUGCUAUCACCAAUCGAGGAGAGCUCUUUGUCUGGGGGAAAAACACCCGCGGCUGCUUGGGGAUUGGCAGGAUGGAAGACCAGUACUUCCCAUGGAGGGUGACGGUGCCGGGUGAGGUGGUCGAUGUGGCUUGCGGGGUAGACCACAUGGUUACUCUGGCCAAAUCCUUCGUCUAGCAGUACCUGGACGCCGCCACGAAUUACCCAGCCCAACGGACCUAGUGGGCCAAGUUCGACAUGGGAACGCACCAUCCCUUUUGUGCCGGCGUUAGCUUCUUCCCGAAGUCCUGGAACUUAGGUCCCUGAAAGGCUUACCGCAUCAGCGGCUCCCAGAGGAUCUGUGAGCCUAUGUUCGGGGGGCGGGGGGUCUCAUGUGAACAUUCGCUGGAGAUGAAGAAAUUCUAGCUGGCAAGCCGUUUCAGAGACACCGCCAGUUACCUUUUAAAAACGAACGCUCUCAUUGCGGGAGGAGCUGUGGUUCUGUUCUUCUUUGCGAAAGGUCACGGGAGGCUCUGGAACAAUCCACUGUCCACGAGGCAAGUCAGUGCCCGCUUGUUCCGCAAAGGGGUGUGCUUGAAUCGCGAAACGGGAACAGGUCGUACUGUUCUGAAGAUGCCGGCGGGAGAUGAUUGAAUGUUGUGCUGUCUCUUUAAAAAAAG